AUGUAUUCGUUUCUUAAUAAGCCUAGCAAAAUUAACACGAUUGUGACAUUGGGAUAUUUGGCGGUAGGAACAACGUGUCCUUUCGUAUUGUCUUACAGAGGAUCUAUUAACACCUCAAUAACAAGGAAAGGAGUUACUAAUAUCAGAGUGUUAUUCACUAAAGUAUAA